AUGACGGAAUACGACUACUCUCCGGACGCGGUCGAGCGUUUCCAAGCAAAAAUGGCUGGCAUCGGCCGCUGGGCAACCGAGCAGAAGUACUACUCCUCAUCGUAUGCCAACCCAUUCCUCCCAAGCGAGGCCUCGUCCUCUUCAUCCUCCUCGUCCUCCCAACCUCCCCGCCCGCGGUCCUCCUCCCGCCCCGAACCACACCACCGUCCCCGGGAGCCGCCUACUCGUUCCCGUACCCUGCCCCCCGGAGCCAGUUAUGGGCACGGUCAGCGCUCUCGCACUCUCAACUACAGCCCGCAGCCCGACUCAUCUGCGCCUUCACGGGGCCACCACCGCUCCGGCUCUACACCCGCAGAUCCGCGCCGCGCACACACCCUCCCCACCCCGGUCGUGUACGGGCACCCGCCGUACGGCCCCGGGCCCUCGCCCAUGCGCGCCACGCCCGCGCCGAACGUCUACCAAGCGACGAACCCCGCGUACCAGCCGCCGCCGGGCUCGCGGACGAUGGACGUCAAGUUCGUCCCCGGCCACCCCAUCGUGCUCCCUCCGCCGCGCCGAGGUGAGCAGUACGUCAUCAUCCCGCCCAAGGGCGGCCGCGUGGACAUCGUCACCGACGGCCGGCACGACCGCCACCACGGCGCGAGCGGGAGCGGCGGCGGGCGGAGCAAGGACAGCAGCCCGACGAAGAGGAGCGACCCGUUCUUCAAGCGCUUCAUCCCCGGCUGGGGCGGCGACAGCUCGCGCUCGUCGUCGACCCGCCGGCGCUAG